AUGUCCCAGGAGUCGCACGAGGGGCCAGCAUCGACGAACGCAUCGGAGAACCGGAGUUUCCACUCCGGAACGGGUGGAUUCGAGCAUUCGACAGGCCACAGGGUGACGGCCAUUGACACGAACGGCGACGGGCACGCGAAGCCGGAAGAUACGGAGCAGAGCUCCCCCAAGUCCAAGGUGAAAGGAUGGCUCCGGAACCGCUUCUCCCGUGGACGACCUACGGGCGAGGAGGUUGACCAGUAUCACCAUAAUCAGACCACGGACAAGGAUAAGGCGGAUGGGGCAGCGGCAGCAGCAGACGACAAGAGCGAUAGGAGCAGCAACAAGCGGAGGAGUCUCUUCUGGGCGCGCGGCGGGUCCAGAGGUCCCUCCCAGUCGAACGCCAGUGCGGCCAGUCUGGACAACGGGAGUACGGGGGAUGUUGCCAUGUCGGGAAGGUCUAGUGCCCCUAGUGUUCCUGGUACUUCUUCCCGGGCACGCAGAGACUCCCAGGGGGUGAGCAUCGCCAGCUCGGUCCGGGACGUCGAGAGUGAAGAGGUAGGAGGGGGUCAAGACCAGGAGAGGGAACGUUUCUACGACACGGUGGACAUGUUGCCUCCUCCUAGACCGCUUGGCGGGCCUGGAUCGAGGAUGAGUGUCAGUCCGAGUCCUAGUAGGGACUCUCGAUUUCACGAGGAUAUUGAUUAG